AGAGAGAGAGAGAGAGAGAAAGCUGGCAGUCUGUUUGCCUUUCAUAACAUACGCUGUAGCUCUCACACGUAGGGCUAGUGAAACAGCGCAGACGAGGGGACUUCCUUUACCCUCGGCCCUACGAGCAAUUGUUGAAGGAAGUGGAGAAGAGUAAAGGCAGGGGGAACACUGUUCAUGGAAGAAAAUAUAAAUCACAGGAUUGCGUGUGUGACCCGAUAGCAGAGCUAAACCUGGACAAAGGACAGCCUGCCAGUGAGAUACUCAUAGUGCAGAGAGAGAGAGAGAGAGAGAGAGAGAGAGAGAGAGAGAGAGAGAGAGAGACAGAGAGAGAGUUGUUAAAGGCUCCCCUAUAAAGCAAGGUAAGCACCAAUAACAGUCAGUGAGAUGAUUCCACAUGAAGCUCAUGGAUCCAUUGAUGACAACAGGCCUGACAAUGGACGAGACUAAGUUAAAAAAAGGUAGCAAAGUUGUAGGACAAUAAAUAUAUUAAGAACGGAAUUCCACUUUGCACUUUGAAACAUACUGAUCAAGCUUUGCGGGUAAAAUACGGGAAAAGCUCCAAGACCAUGAAGUCUAACCAGGAGCGCAGUAAUGAGUGCCUUCCGCCCAAGAAGCGGGAGAUCUUAGCCCUGGAAGAGAAGCAGGUGCUCGUGUCAGCUGCUGCCAGUGAGAGCCAGAGUGGAAAGAAUUUGGCUUGGUUAGCCAGCGUUGCUACCAUGGCUAGCAUGGCCCAUAUCCCCAACAAUGCAGGUCUAUCACAGAGUAACAGCACCGAGCCUGACAGCCCCCCACAAUCAAAUAAGGCUCUUACUGUGGUGACGGAAUAUCCUCCAGCGACAACAUCUGGUGGCUUUUCAUUCUCUUCCAAUAGCUCAACAUACAGAGGAGUCUUCUCUGGGCCUACCGUGCUAACAGCAAAUUCUACUGUUCUCUCCACAAGCCUUCCUCAAACCAUAGGCUCUGUCCAGUAUACACAACUUCCUCCCAAUCUCCAGCUCAUAGGCCCCUAUACAAGUUAUAUCUCUUCUCAGAUCGUGCCAUCCACAAACAGUCCAACACAGCCAAGGAAGACAGCACAAGAGGUCUUGGCCACCUAUGCUGGCAUCUCCCAAGCUUCCAGCAUUGAUUCACAGAAUCAGCAUGUGAUUUCUUCUGUACCAAAUGUAUCCCACAGUCAAUGCAUCCAGGUAGAGAGGGCUCCUCUGGGUUUGACAGUUUGCUCAGCUACUGCUGCUCAGUUGCCCCUUCAAAUCCAUCCACACUCAGCUGUCCUUGCUCCUCAUGGCCUGGCUCUGACCCCCUCACCAAUGGUGCUACAUUACACUGAUGGCUUCAUUGCAAGACAGCUGGACUCCCAUACCAGAGAGUUGCAGAAUGGUGCAUUAGGAGAGGUUACAGUGGCCAAACACAGUACUACUAUGGCGAAAGGUGUCUCCAGCCAAACAGAGGGUGACCAGAACCACAAGCCAAUUCAGAGCCUUAGUCUCCAGACCCAAGCUCAGGUUCUGUUCCCUGCCGACUAUGCCACUCAUGACAGAGCAGGGUUGCAGACAUCACUGAUGUUGGUUUCCAGUAGCCACCUUGCAGCAAACAGUAACCCAGAGCUCCAAAACAUCUUGGGUAAGGACCACUCAUCUUUGAACCUUGCUGAGAGAGGAGGGAUCUGCCUAGGAAAGCCAAUGUCCAGAGUUUCCGCACGUACUUCCUCAGACAGCCAAGUGUCUCCAGCCUCCACACUUUCCCACACACUCCUGCAGGCUCCUCACAACACUCCCCAACAGGAGCUCUCCACCAGCCUUUACUCUGCCACACAGCUCCCAAUUAUUGGCUACAUCACCAGUGCCCCUAGUGGGCCCCAGCAAGCAAUGGCUGGUUACCAGAGCAACCUGCCACAGCACCUGGUGAUUUCAGGCAGCCCCUCGCUGCUCAUUCCAGUGAGUGCAACUAACAUCAAUCCAUCUACUGCUGAGCCAGAGGCCACCUGCUGUUCUGUCAUACCCAGUGCAGCCAAUCCAUCAGCAGCUCUGCCUCAAACCUUCAUCAAUACAAUCCCACUUGCAGCUACAGCUUCAGUGUUACAGAAUGGCAAAGAAAUAACAGGAUCUGAUGGAGUUCAUGCCCCCUGUGCCAUGCAAAGUCCAUCCCAAGUACAGCUGCCUGUUCUGUCAGCCAGUGUAGUGGGAUCUCCUGUCCCUCUAACUCCUCCAAAAUCCACAAGCCCUCACAGCUCACCAUCAUCACCAUCAGCAAGCCUACCACCGUUCUUCAUGAAGGGCUCCAUUAUCCAAUUGGCAGAUGGCGAGCUGAAGCGUGUGGAAGAUCUGCGGACAGAGGACUUUGUGCAGAGUGCAGAGGUGAGCGGAGAGCUGAAGCUUGACUCCAGCACUGUAGAGCGCAUAGAGUGCAGCCACUCACCCAAUGCUGUCAUUAUUCAGUUCUCAGUCGGAGAGAACAAAGCACAGGUAUGUGUAGAGGUACUGGUGGAAUACCCUUUCUUCGUGUUUGGUCAAGGUUGGUCAUCUUGCUGUCCUGACCGCACCACCCAGUUGCUAGCGCUCUCCUGUGCCAAGCUCUCUGUGGGUGAUGUUUGUAUCUCUCUCACACUUAAAAGCCUGAAAAAUAGCACUCAAAAGAAAGAUUACUUUUCAGACUCUGUUUUGAAACACAACAACCCUCAUUUGAAAGGAGUCAAAAGAAAUGGGCCUACUGAGGAAAGACCAGCCCAAAUGGAGGAUUUCAAAAGGGGGCGUAAAAUUACUACUGGAGAGGAGAACAGUGUUGCAGGAACACUGGUUGAGACUCUCAACCCUGGAAACAUUUUGAUCCUAUCGGAGAAUGGGAGCGUAAACCCUCAAAAAACAUACAUUUCUGGUGCUGAGAGAGCUGUUAGCCGCAAGAGAAGAUGGUCUGCUCCAGAGAGAGGGGAAACGGGGAGGUCACAGGAGGACCCUCAGAUUUUACCCAAAUUUUCCUUCCUCCCAUAUCAGCUGAAGGUCAGCAUUGAGGGCCACUCCAGUACAGGUUGCUGAGGGCCAUUUGAACUCCAUAGAGCAGUGAUGGGGGAGUGCUCUUGCAAAAGUAUACAUGUCUAACCAAGAAAUACAUUAAUUAGCCUUACUCAAUUUAUCCAGACUUUGAAAGAUUAAAUAAACUUGUGUUUUUUUGGUGUCCAAGAAAAUGCUUUUGCUUUUAUCACAGAGACUCUAAACAAAACAUUCCCCAUCACUGCCAUGGACCCAGUCUCAAAGAUGGAGAAGGAAGACGUUAUUUACUCUUUGAGGCUUUGUUGCUUUCCUUUGACAUUAAUAUCCAGGUUACUGUAAUGUUGGAUAAUUUUACACAAGAAUGUGUGUGAUCAUUUGAGUUGUUGUAUCAUAUGUAAUUAAUGUUUAACUAACUUUCUUUUUUUAAUCAGCUGGACAUGACAAUAUAUAUUUGUAUAUAGUUUUGCAAGUAUUUUCAGUUCAGUUUUUUUUUCUCAGCCUGUUAUGCAUUAAGUGUCUAAUUUAGUCUCCUGUUAUGCACUGAAUUCAUUCAUAAUCAGGGCCUUGAUUAGGGCUUUUACAAGGAUUGAUGGAAAAAGGUUAACAAUGAGAUAUGCAUCAGUAUGAGUGUGUGGUUGCACGAUUAUCAUGACAGAAUCCUCCUUCCACUUGUUACUGCCCCAGUAAGCCCUUUUUUAUUCAAUGUUGUCUGAGAGUGACAGGCUUUGAGUGACUUCUUUGAAUCAGAUCUAGGUCAAGUAUUGCAUCAAGAUACAACAUUGAAUGUUGAAUGAUUUAUCUUUAUGUUUUAAUUCAGUUGCCGAUAGUCUUCUAUAUAUGCAAUACUGAGCUUUCACAUACCUCAUAUGUGCAUUUAACAAAUAUCCCAAUCAAAUGGCCUGAUCGGAUCUAUGAUAUUAGCUUUGAGUGAGAAAGCAUUAGAGAAAUCUUAUGGUCAAAACUGUCUAUGUGUUGACAAGUCUCCAUUCAAGUCUAAAUAAAAAUAUAAGCACUUUAAAGAAAGGUUAAGGGAAGUCGAAUGAAUGGAUGGAAACAUUCCCACCUUUGUUUUGUUACCACAGCAGCAGACAGUGCUGUUAGUCAUUUUGUGCAUUACUAACCAUUUUAGGUAUAAGGCACUUUUCAUUUUCUAUUUUUCAAUAAUGAUGUCUUCUUUAAACCAUUUUAAGUAUUUUGGGCCUGCCUUAGUCCAGCUGCAAUAAUUAACUCUCUCUAAAAGACACAAUAAUCAACGUACAUCAGCAACUAAAUAUUGGUAGCAUCCCUGAUUCUUUUUAAAACAAGCCACCCUUCACUGGUUUGUCCUAUUCAGAUGUUUGUAGAAUUUUAUUUACAGAUAAUGAAGUUCAUAUAAAACUUCCCCACAUAUCAGAAUUUAAUUAGGUCUAGCUAAAAUCAGUGGGUCAAAGGAGGAUACUGGGCCAGUUGCUGGAGAGAUAUGGAAAUAGAGACCUGUUGUGCCUCUGAUGUGUCCUGAAACAUGGAGUGUAACCCAAGUUUGCUCAAGUCUUUUUCUGCAAUAGACCAUUGUCAGAGUAGGCCAUAUUAAACUGACACAAAUGAAAAAUAGGCUAUGAAGGAUGUUGUUGAUUUUUCUGCUAUUGAAAAUAAUUUGAUUAAUAUAUCUUUCAAAUAAAUAAAUAAACAAAUAAACAAAUAAAUCCCUUUUGGCAAAAAGCUGGAAAAACUCCAUUGUGAAAAUUAAACGUUACUGUACUGUACCCUCAAUCCCUUACAGCCUUAUUUUCACUUGUAUCAAAUGAAAUAUGGCAUCUAUCUUCCCUGACUAAUGUCUAUCAGCUCACUGUGGGUCACUUUAAAAAAAAAUAAAAAAUAUACAGGUGCAUCUCAAUAAAUUAGAAUGUCGUGGAAAAGUUA